AUGUCUGACGUCUUAUCCAAAAGAGAACUUUCUGAAGAAUUCAGAGAUGAAAGUUUAGAAGCUGAUGCUAAAAGGCAAGAAGAUAACAAUAAAAAAAUCAAUAAACCAGGUCGUAAACCUUUAGCAAGUGAACCAAAAAACAAAAGAACAGCUCAAAAUAGAGCUGCACAAAGAGCUUUUAGAGAACGUAAAGAACGUAAAUUGAAAGAUUUAGAAGAAAAAAUUGACGCUUUAGAAGAUGAAAAGAAGUCUGCAAAUACAGAAUCCGAAUUUUUGAGAUUACAAGUUCAAAUGUUGAUGAAUGAAUUAGCAAAACAUAGAGGUACUCAUGAUAUUAGUGAUUUAAAUUUACCAAAAGUUCCAUCACCAGCUGGUAAUGGUUAUGCUCAACAACAAUUAUCCUCAUCAAAUGAAUCAAAUGCACCUUCUUCAACAUUCAGUGAUUCAGGUUCAACAAGAACAAACUCUUCAAAUUUUGAUGAUUUUAAUAAUAAACCUCCACAACAACCAUUUUCAUUUGAAUUCCCAUGGAGUCGUAAAAAUUCAACAACAAGUGCUAAAUCAACCCAAAGUAUUAAUUUACAUGGAUUAACUCCAUCAAAUGCACAAGCACCUGCUUUAGCUUCAGAUUGUUCAACAACUUCAUCGGCUGAAUCAUCACCAUUUGAAUUAUUUAAUAAUGACGAUCAACGUGACUUACCACUAUUUAAUAAAGUUAAAGCUACACAAGAAGCCAAGAAGCAAGAUCAAAGAACCUCAAAUGAAGGAAUUCAAGAAUUUCAAUUCAAUGAACAAUUUGAUGAAGGUAUAAGUGAUUUCUGUAAAGAUUUAAAUAGUGCAUGUGGUACAAAAGAAUGUCCAGUACCAACUAGAAGUAGCAAAUCAAAUCAAUCAUCAAAAGUUUCCACUCCAUUAUCAAAUACAAAUACCCCUCAAACUACAAAUAAUGAUUAUGAACCAACUAAUAAUAAUAAUUUAAACAUUAAUGAAGAUCCAUUAUCAUUUUUAAAUGAUUCAAAUUAUGAUUCAAGUGCAUUCACAUUCAAUAAUGGUCCAAGUUUUGAUCCAUCAAUGGCAUUUGCAGAUGAUAAUAAUUUUGAUGAUUUAUUCCAAGAUGAUUCAAAUGUUAUGAAUUCCUUAACAACUGAAGAAUCAAUUUAUGAUCCAUUUGGAAUUUUCAAUCAAGCAAAAUCACCAGUUGUUGAAAGACGUUUAUCAAUUGCUUCUAAUACUAAUAAUAAAACACCAACAACAACCAACACAACACCUAUGUCAACUACUUUACCUAGGCAAUCUUCUAAACAAGUCACAUCACAAGAUGUAGGACUUGAAGAUAUAGAUGAAAAUGAAGUUGUUCCAUCAAGAGAUGGUAAAUUAUUAAAAUGUACUGAAAUUUGGGAUAGAAUUACAUCACAUCCAAAAUAUAGUGAAAUUGAUAUUGAUGGAUUAUGUUCAGAAUUAAGAGUUAAAGCAAAAUGUUCUGAUAAAGGUGUUGUAAUUGAUUAUGCUGAUGUUAACAAAGUGAUAGAUAACAGUAUACAGAAACAAUAA